UCUCACUGAGGUCAGUUUAUUUUUAUACCAUUCUGAUACAACAAAAAUCAGUAGGUCCUUCCUUUAUUAGCUAAAUGUUAGUAUGACCAAAGCUAUCUGCAGAAAUUCUCUGAUCCAAAAUAAACCUUUGAGACAUUGUGAAUAAAUAUGAGCAUCAAAAUCAUUGCUGCAUGAAAAGAACCACUGUAUUUCUGAGAUUAAAUUUUCAUGGAUUACUUGCAAUUAUCAUAUUGGUCACAUUUUGUUCAUUUUCUUCUCUUUCAGGGAAAAAAAAAAAAGACAGAAUGAAGACGUUUGUAAAUAUUUUUCUGGGAUUUUUUAUCUUUGAGUAUGUUGGAGCUGUACCUAUCACUGACCCUGUAACUUAUGAUUCUGAGUUCUAUGAUGUUUCACUUGGAGAACUGCCUCACCCAUUUGUCUAUGCUGAAAAUGAGCAAUCUGACCAAUUAGAGACAGAGAUUGGGACUGCAAUACCUUCGAUAAUUCAAGAGAGUUAUUCUUCUGCACCACUGACAGAAGAACCUGAGGAAGAAGCAUCAACGCCAAAAUUAAUUGAUGGAUCUUCUGCACAAGGGUCCGGGGUUCUUGUGCCCCAAACUCAAGACGGCCUUCCUACAUGCCUUUUGUGUACAUGCCUAGGAACAACAGUCUACUGUGAUGACCACGAGCUAGAUGCUGUUCCACCACUGCCUAAGAAAACCAUGUAUUUCUACUCACGCUACAACCGAAUCAGGAAGAUAAACAAAAACGACUUUGCUAACUUAAAUAACUUAAAAAGGAUUGAUUUGACUGCAAAUCUAAUAUCAGAGAUCCAUGAAGAUGCCUUCCGGAGACUGCCCCAACUUCAGGAACUUGUGCUCCGUGACAACAGGAUAAGGCAACUUCCCAAGCUGCCAUCUACCUUGACUUUCAUUGAUGUUAGUAAAAACCGGCUUGGUCGCAAGGGAAUCCGUAACGAGGCAUUUAAAGAUCUGCAUGAAUUACAGCAUCUUUACAUCACUGACAAUAACUUGGAUCACGUUCCAUUGCCACUCCCUGAAAGCCUCCAAGCUCUUCAUCUUCAGAACAACAACAUUCAAGAGAUGCAUGAAGAUACUUUCUGCAAAAUGAGAGAUUUCACUUAUGUACGCAGGGCUCUUGAGGACAUCAGACUGGAUGGUAAUCCAAUCAACUUGAGCAAAACCCCUUAUGCAUAUAUGUGUCUACCCCGUUUGCCAGUAGGUAACCUCAUCUAAGCUAUGACAGAAGCCAGUACUGUCACAUAUUUUGAGAAUUUUUAAGAAAGAUUAUUAACUCCUUACUACAGUACACAUGAUACACGUUUUUCAAAUGUUGUUAGUUUGGGAAAUAUUUCCAUUAACAAUGAAACCGAUAAUGAGGUACAGAUAAUGAUAUGGAAUGCUAUAAGACAAGUUAUUAUCUAAACAGCUGUAAGUUUGAAGCAAUACUGAGAAAAAUGUUUUACUUACAAAAAUAGUACUGAAGGCAAUGUAAAUGCAAAAUUUUAUCCUGAAUCAAUGUAUGAUUUCUAAAUUUAAAAAAUUUUAUAUGUUGAAAUUGUAACAUAGGUGGAAAAGUAUUAAAAAGAAAAUAUAUGUACAAAAUUGAAUAUUUAUCCCUUUUCAUUUGAUUGAAUAUUUUCCUUCUCAGAGACACUCACAUUUCUCAGCUAUUUUUCUGAAACAUCCCUUCACUUUAGAAGAGUACAAACAGUAUUCCAAAAGGUAUGUUUUCUUUGGAAAACAGAAUCUUUCAGUGAAUAAUAAAACAUAAAUUAAAGGUAAAAUAUUUAUUAAUGUCUUCAGAAUUAGUCUUUAUAAUGCUGAUAAAGCCCAAAGCUUUUUAUGUAUCUUGG